CUGUGCACGCACUCCUGACUCCCAUUUUGGAGAUAUUUCAUGAACCCUGCACACGCUUGUCUUGACGCAGCCAAGACAUCCACAACCCAACCCCCCCUAAAGCCCCUCUGAUCUAAAAAAAGGUUCAUGCGUUGAGACCAAACCUUAUAUGGACGGAUCGAACAAGAAUAUGUCGUUGACCAACACAAAGACGGGCUUCUCUGUAAAGGACAUUUUGGACCUUCCGGACACAAAUGACGAAGAAGGAUCUAUCACCGGAGCGGAGGAGGACACGGAGGGUUCGGAGAGCACCUCCACAACGAAAAGCACUGGAGUUUUGGUGAAAAGUCCACUGGAAAACGUGCAGAACUUGCCUUUAAAGAACCCGUUUUAUGACUCGAGUGACAAUCCCUACACGCGAUGGCUCGCCACUACGGACAGUAUUCAAUAUUCAUUGUUCCUCCCCUUUCUCGCCGCCGCAGUGCACGGCCUCUCCGCCGGCUCCCAAGACUCGGCGAAGUCUCCGGAGCCGUCCGCGGACGACGAAUCGCCGGACAACGACAAGGAAACGUCCAGCAGCGGUGGGAGCGACUCCGGCAAGAAGCGCAAAAGACGGGUGCUGUUCUCCAAGGCGCAGACCUACGAGCUGGAGCGCCGCUUCCGACAACAGAGGUAUCUGUCAGCCCCGGAGAGGGAGCACCUCGCCAGUCUGAUCCGCCUCACCCCGACCCAAGUGAAGAUCUGGUUCCAGAACCACCGGUAUAAGAUGAAGCGAGCCCGGGCCGAGAAAGGUAUGGAAGUGAGCCAUCUCCCUUCUCCUAGGCGGGUGGCCGUGCCCGUCUUAGUCAGGGAUGGGAAGCCCUGUCACACCCUUAAAGCUCAGGACUUGGCGGCCACUUUUCAGGCCGGGAUCCCGUUCUCGGCGUAUGGCGCUCAGUCGCUCCAACACAUGCAGUAUAAUGCGCAGUACAGCGCCACGGCCACGCCGCACUUCCCUACGGCGCACCACUUGGUGCAAACGCAACAGUGGACUUGGUGAGGGACGCGAUAUAGAGACUUGUCUUUGGGAAGGUUUCACCCCACACACACACACGCACGCACACGCAAGAAAGGGAAAGCGCACACACAGACACGCACACACACACACAAAAGACUUCAUUUUUGCAGCAUAUACAGUACAUAGUACCGUUUUUAUUCGGGGCUCAUGUGUGCACCGUGUUUACAUGUUUUCGUUAAGAGAACUGGCUCCAAAAAAAACUCUUGUCCCUUAUAGAUUUUAUUGAGAAUGUCAAUGCUCUUCUUGUGAACAUUUUUUUUUGUAAAAAGUAUGUUGUGUGUUGGUUGUAGAUAUAUUUUCUUUCCCACCCCCCUCGUGUUAUUAUCAGCACGUACGAACCACUUUAUAAUUAUAGAAAUGUUCAUUUCUUGCUUCUUUUAUGGACCGAAAAAUAUUUAUGGCCAUGAAUAAACACUGGCAA